AUGAUUUUCCUUCGUCAUCAUCUGGAUGAAGGAUUGAAGGUUGAAUACCUUACGGUGAAAGAUCCAUUGGAAUUGUGGACUGAUAUAAAAGAUGAGGACAUGUUGAAAAAGACUCUCACAACUUUUCAUGCCUCAAAUUUGGCAUUACAACAGCAAUACCAUGAAAGGGGAUUCAAAAAGUAUUCUGAGUUGAUCUCAUACCUUCUUGUGGCUGAGCAACAUAAUACUCUUUUAUUGAAAAAUCAUGAGGCCCGUCCCACGAAAACUGCUCCUUUACCGGAAGCAAAUGAGGUUGAAGCACAUGGCCAGUCUGAAAGAAGACAAAAUAAAAAUCAGGGCCAAAAUAAUGUGCGUGGAUGUGGCAAUGGCAGAGGACGAUAUAAUAAUCAUCGUGGUGGUGGUCGCCACAAAAGGGAGAACAAUAUGGGUUCUCAAGCAAUCCUUCAAGAGGCAAUUGUCAUCGUUAUGGCAUGA